GCUGAUGAUGAUGAUGAUGGUGGUGGUGGUGGUGGUGGUGGUGGUCGCCAUAAUCGUGACGGUAAGGAUAUGGCAAGCAGUGAAGAGAGUGAGAUCGAUCACGCCCGACACGCGGGUUCGAACGGGAAGCGAGGUCCAGAUGGCAACAGUACUGGUGGCCGUGGCGGUGGCAGUGCCGACGUCGGCAACGGCGCUGCACAUCUUCGUGACACGCUGUUCUUCCAAGCAACAGCUUCCACGCCCACUGGAAGGGCGCCAUCGCAGCGGUAUGGCGGGGUUUCACUCCGCGCCGCGCUCGAAGCCACUGAUGACUCACCAUCGUCAGCGUCAACAGCAGCAGCGCCAUCCCACGGUCAUCCACAGCAGCGCAGGCACGUUGGAGAUGGCGGUGGUGAUGACUUUGACGGCAACGGUGCCGAGGACUACGAUGAUGACUACGCUGGAGAUGACGGUGGUGAGCAGGACGUCUCGCCGCCGCCACUGUGGAGCGUUGAUCGCCUUCGCUUUCUGAAGCUGACCGGAAGCUUGGACCACUUUGUCGUGUCGUGUGAUGCAAGCUGGGUGCUGGCUGCGACCAUGCAGCCACAGUCACUCCCUCCACGCGUGCUUGCAUGCACAGUUGACAACACCCGCCUGACGGCAUCAAUCAAAGUCCCAACGCCCCUGGCAGCAGCCGCAUUCUCGGCCACAAAGAGCACCUCGAGUUGGCACGAUGCGGAGAGUGCAGCCUCCUCGACAGCGCCUUCUUCGUUGCCAGCACCGCUGCGGCUUCCAAUCACUGCGCUGGUGCAGUUUGACUGCGAGCGUGUGACUGCUGGUGCCAGGUCCUCCACAUCUGUACCGACUGCAACACGCGGGCCAAAGAAUGAUACAGCACGUGACGAAGCAAACGUGGCGGUGGAUGAGGUGGAGCUGGCAGCGCUCACGGCCCGGCAGCUGCGGGUGGCGUGUCGGGUGGAGCGUCCGGCUUCUGCCUUGAACUUGUCGUCAAUCAAGCUCUGGCGCUGCGGUGUGGCAUCGUGGAACUGA